GAUGGCGGUAAUGCACAAAGUGUAUAUAAACUGCCAUGAAACGCAACAGAAGAAGAAGCGGGAGCCUGUGACGGGAGCGGGUUGUUUGAAUCUUGUUUUGGUCUUCUUCAUAACACUUCCGGUGCAGAGAUGGAAGGAUUGUCGGUCAGCUCUCAAUCAGCCAAUGAGAGCACGGUACAGGUGGAGGCGGGGCUUCAGGAUGGGGGCGGGGCCAGCCUGUGGAGCCCUUACUGUAACGAGGACCUGAUGAGAGGAGGGGAGGAGCUGUGCUUCGAGGAGCUGCGGGCCGAAAGAUACAACCAGCAGAAACAGAAGGAGAUGGAAGAGAAGAUGAGACACCUGAAGGAGCAGCAGGAGCAGCUGAGUCAGGAGCUGGAGGAGAAGAAGAGGCUGCUGCUCAGAAAGUCCCAACAGAUCAGCAACGUGGAUCAACCUGCUGCUGCUCUCUUCAGAAUACUGGAUGAAUCUGGUUCCGUAGAGUCCGCCGGGAAGUCGGCUCCGUCCUCAGACGAGCUGCCAGAUGACGUCUUCCUGCGACCCGAUGAGAAGGGACUCUGUGUGAGGGUCCAGUUUCCAACCCGACCUGACCAGAACCAGCAGCAGAACCAGCCACCAGCUCAGCCGAGUCGGGCCGAGCGGGACCACCGGGCCGAGCGGGACCACCGGGCCGAGCGGGACCACCGGGCCGAGCGGGACCACCGGGCCGAGUGGGACCUUGGUCCCCAGGAAAACGUCUCUCAGCCCAAAAAGCAGCUGAGCCCCAUAGAGGAGAUCAGUGUGGAAGCAGCAUCUCUCAUUUCUCCUGGAGAACUGUCCGGGUCGAACUCCAGUCCACUGGAGCAGAACCAGGAGCAGAACCAGGAGCAGAACCAGGAGCAGAACCAGGAGCAGAACCAGGAGCAGAACCAGGACAGUUGGUCUCGUGCUGUAGAUCCCUGCGACCCGGAAGUCCGUAGACGGCUGUUGGAACGUUUUGACAUCACUUCCUCUCCAAACCUUCAUCCGGAGCAGCGCCCCCUACCUGCUGUUGAGGAGUGCAGCAUUCUGGACCUCGGGGGCGACACAUUCUUCAUUCGAAGCAGACUUUUGGACAGAGGCAGCGUCUCCAUCUUCAGAGCAGCUGCAGAGAAUCAGUCUGUGUUUAUAAAGGUGGAGCGCUGCUCGGCCCCCUGGGAUUUCUACCUGUUCACCCGCCUGAAGGAGAACUCUCCGUCUGCUGACAGACCUGCUCUGAUCAGCUGCUUCCUGUUUGAGGACGGCUGCAUCACCGUCUACAGGCUGCCUGGAGACCUCCAGCUCACUGUUUUGGCGGACUGCGGUCUGGAUCCGGUGUGUGUCGGUGUGAAAGCCGUCCGGCUGCUGGAGCUGGUGCUGCAGCUGCACCGCCGCAGCCUGCUGCAUGCGGGGCUGCGGCCCGGCAUCCUGGCCUCCUGCGGCACCGUGGCGACCCGGGACUGGCUCUUCCCUCUGGACUGGUCGUCCUCGCUGGACCUGGAUCUGCAGAAAGAGGUCCGGACCGUCCAGCAGAUCCCGUCCGCUCAGGCCUACCUCAGGCUGGGUCUGCUGCAGCCCGCCGACCCGCCUCACACCGUGGACCUGGUGGGCGUGGCUGAAACCAUCUACUUCCUGUUGACCAACAGCGAGAUGAAGCCAGAGAAACACGGCAGCAGCUGGACAGUGGAGCUCGACGUCUUCCCGCCGACCUGGCGAAGGUUUUUCUGUUCGCUGCUGAACGCCGGCGGUCGAUCUUCCAUCUCCAUCCUGUCGGAGCUGAAGGACGAACUUUCUAAGUUUUACCUGUGAAGCCUCCGUGUUUCAUGUUGUCUAUUUAAUAUUUUGUUUCAUUAAUAAAUAAAGUAAAACACUAUUUGUUACA